CCGGUCGCCCCGGAUGCCUCCCACGAAGUCGCGUUCAAUCUCUAUUCCCGGCGGCAACUGCUCAUAUCAGAUUAUUUCCACCAAGAGGCAUCUUCUGACAAGACGCAGAUCGGCCCACCUCCUCCACGUUCCAUCUCUCCAAAGGACGCGCAAUAACGUGGGGUCAAGAAACACGACCAUUCUCAGCCGCCUAACCACUGCAGGAACCCGAGUCGAUAAGAAUGUCGGGGUUACCCAUCUCUGAAUCGUCGGUAUUCACACCACAUCAAUCAGGUCACCUCCCACCAGUCCAACAGUUCGCCCAGCAACAGUCGCCAUACCAUGCCGCGACUUACGGAUCAGUACCUGUGACGCCUGUUAAUGCAUUUGCGCCACCACUCCCACCACUCAAUACUAGUGCCAGCCAGUCACCAGCUGGGGAUUCACGUACAUACACACCUGAUGGCGAACGCGCUAAGCCUAAGCAGAAGCGAAACAAGCCAACUUUGAGCUGUGAGGAAUGUGUCGAACGUAAGACAAAGUGCGACCGAGGACGUCCGGGAUGCUUGGCUUGCAUCAAACGGCAAUCGACAUGCAAAUACACUCAUGUCGCGAAUCUAAUCGCUGAUGCUAGCCAAAAAGAUGGCGGAGCUGACAGGCAAAGACACAUGGUGAAGCCACCACCAGCCAAGAUCAGGAAACUUACGGGGUCUUUCGAUGGCUCUUCAUCUUCUCCCUCAAGCGCUUCUGGCAUCAAGCAAGUACGGACAGAUCUGUUUUCGAAAUUCCAUCAUCGGUCUCCACGGGAAACCUCUGUUGGUUUCGGCUCACCUUUCUUGCAAUCGCAAGUCCCAUUCUCGAAACAGACACCAUCCAACAUAUUCGGCAUCGGCUCUUCCCAUCCUUUCACGAACUAUUGGACAUGUCAGGGUGGUCUACCGGAAGUUUUGGCAGUGCUGCCGAGCAAGCAGCAGGCUGAUAUCUUGAUCGCCAAGUACUUUGAAUGCGUCGCUCCUGUCUAUCCAUUCCUGCAUCGCCGAACAUUCUACGUGGCGUAUGAACGCUUCUGGCAACUGCCGGAGAAGGAGCGAGAGACAGCAGAUGCUGAUUUGAUUGCGUUGCAUUUUGCUCUCUAUGCCAUGGGAACUCAGUUCAUGCAAUUUCCAGCUUACGAUGCGAAGAGUUCGAGUGCAGAAUUCUUAGCAUCUGCUGCCAACCAGGCACUUCGUAUCUACUCAUAUCUCAACCGAUCCUCGCUCAGAGCUCUAGGUGCGCAGAUUCUGCUGUGCUAUUUCUUGAUGAACGACAAUCACGCAUCAGAUGCUUAUGCCUGGUCUGGCAUUAUUGUGCGACAAGCAUAUGCUCUACGACUUCACCGCGAUCCUGACAUCAUCCUACCAAACAUCUCGCCUGUCGAGAAGCACACUCGUCGCAGAUUUUGGCAAGCUAUUCUGCAUCAAGACACUUUCCUUACAGUGCUCCUCAAAUUGCCGCCGACAGCCACUCACAGCGAUGUGUCCAUCGAUUCGCUAGCCAAUGAGACAGAGGCUGAGGCACAGGACUCGACGAGAUACACAGGAAGCAGUGCUCGUAUCGAGAAUUUGAUGAGCAUUAGCGUUAUCGCGCCUCCACAGGAAGUGCCCAAGCAGCCCGAACCACACAUUCUUCCCCACCAAAGAAUUACUGAGGAUGUCGACAAAGCCGAUGUCUUAUACGUCAAGUCACUGUGGCGACUGGCAUUGAAGGUCCAAGAGAAUCUCUGCUCUCCAGUAUCGCUCUCUAUCCCAAUAGCCAAGAACCCUCGAGCAAAGACAACACUCGUAAAUUCCUUCCGUGAGAUCUGGAAGAACGCACCUUCCUUCCUCACGACCUCGGACUACGAGACACUGCGCCAAAUGGCACAGAAUAGUGGCAGAGCAGUUCGUCAGAACUUGUUCUUCACCAGCAAUUACUACCACUGUCUCAUGAUCAUUCAAGCAUUCGAAGAUGCAGAGACCGGUGUCGAGCUCAACUUCCGUGGUGCGCUAGAGGCCGCUCACGAAGCUAUCUGGACCUACUUUAAGCUGAAUGAUUUCUUCGGAGGUGAUGCUGGUGUCUGGUGGGUGUUCCAACACCGUGCUUUCGAAGAAGCCGUAAGCGCCAUAUCAGCUGUUGAUUUUCUAACGAUUGCUAAUGUUGACAUCUUAGCUCACCAUGACCGAUCUUCUUGCAACCCUCCAGGCGAGUGAACAAAACUCAAGAGAUCCUCUAUACACCA